UUUUUGGUAAAAGGCGCAUGUGCCAGCCAGCUCACAACAUAGAAAUGUUGCGUUCACUCCUCGUUUCAAGUCGAAGAAGCACUGGUAGGGGUGCGUUUAUGUUCGAAGCCCUUUGUGUCCGGCAGCAGCACCAUGGCGUGGACCAUGCAGACGGGCAGUAUGACGGACUGUACCCAGGCCACAUCCCCACCAGCCCCAUCCAGAAAGCCCUGUUGGCUGUCGGCUCCGGGGUGGCAGCUCUGCAAGACCCCUACAGACAUGACAUGGUGGCAGUGCUGGGAGAGACGACAGGACACCUGGCCCUGAUGACGCUUCGGGAUCGAAUGAGAGGAGACCCUGAGGGCUAUACCAUUCUAACUGAGCGCCCACGGAUCCGACUAUCCACAUUGGAUCUGUCCAAUAUGGCUUCCCUUCCAGAUGGAUCCUUUGGGAGAGAGUACCUACGCUUCCUUGAGGACAAUAGGGUGACCCCUGACUCGAGGGUGAACGUGAAAUUUGUGGAUAAUGAGGAGUUGGCGUACGUCAUGCAGAGGUACCGAGAAGUCCACGAUUUACUGCACACCUUACUAGGCAUGCCCACUAACAUGCUGGGUGAAGUAGCAGUAAAGUGGUUUGAGGCUGCUCAAACUGGCCUGCCCAUGUGCAUCCUGGGAGCAGCGUUGGGACCGCUCCGUCUGUCCACAAGUCGUCUGGAGCCCUUGGUGACGUCCCUGGGACCGUGGGCUGUGAGGAAUGGCCGGCAGGCCCGCUGUGUCUUCAGCAUCUUCUACGAGCGCCGCUGGGAGCAGAGUCUGGAGGACCUGAGAGAGGAGCUGAACAUCGAGCCUCCCCCGCUCACCAUCACGGCCACCAGCCAGAAGCCACAUUAGAUUCUUAGCACUGACCUCGAAUGUCAGAGGUCACUGUACAACCAGAUGGGACAGAAUGCAGGGACUCUUUGGAGGGAUGUCAUACAGUAAUUUAGGCAUUGUAUGUGGACUGACUGAGUCAUAGCAAUUGUGUCAAGCUUCCCCCAUGAUUUCAAGUGAAGGAAGGAAAGGCCAAUAUUCACAGUGGGUGCAGAGGAUUACCAGAGGGCUGGAUGCAAUUUUCACCAUGGCACGGACACACAUAAUUAUUCGAAUAUGGCACAUAUUAAUCAAUUAUUGCAUUCUAUCCAUGCUACCUGAGACAUGAAACAGACAAGUGGGAGGGCAUGCAGGAGGGCAUACAGAUAGGUCAAAUCAAAUUGUAUUGGUCACAUACACAUGGUUAGCAGAUGUAAUUGCGAGUGUAGCUAAAUGCUUGUGCUUCUAGUUCCGACGCACAAGCAUUUCGCUACACUCGCAAUAACAUCUGCUAACCAUGUGUGUGUGACUAAUACGAUCUGACCAGACCUAUCUGUAUGCCCUCCUAUCUGUAUGCCCUCGCACUUGUCUGUUUCAUGUCUCAGGUAGCAUGGAUAGAAUGCAAUAAUUGACUAAAAUGUGCCAUGUUCGAAUAAUUAUGUGCGAAGUAUCACCACGGUCCGUGCCAUAGUGAAACACUCCUGGGAGGGCAUACACGCAAUUUGCCUAAAUGGAAACACUUCAGCCUCUUCAUUUUAAUUGGAAACUGUAGUAAUGUUUUUGCGAAAAAGUGUAUUUGUUGUUUUUAAAAGUCACCUUGACCUAGAGAGAUUUACACCGUUACCAAAUCAUUACAGCAGGCUAAGCCUACACAAAACACAGCCCUUAUUUGUAGUGGUUGCUAAAAAUCCCGUAUGGGGAAAAAUGAAUGGUGGAAAAACGAUUGGAACCAUUUCCCUGUUUGACUGCUUUUAUGGGUAUUAUGGCUCAUACUGUGGUACUCUGUUCUACUAUAUCUGCCAUUUCCAUUACACAUGUCACAAUGAUUCAAUGUAAACCUACCUAUUGAGUGCAUGGCACUUUUUUUAACAACCUUGUUGAGGAUCUUGUAGGUCAUGGCUAGAGGGGAUAAGCUACAGCUUUUGUAAAAUGAAUGCCUAAAUGUGAUUUUAUUUGCAUGUUAGCUAAGCUGAACCCUUUUCCUGAGGUCUUAAUCUAAUUCACCUAAUCUGCUACGUUAAUUAUCCUAACCUGCUAAUGAAAGUAAAAUUUGACAAAAGCUGUAGGCUACAUAUCCCAUCUAGUCAAAACCGGGUUUUGUAUUAGGCCUACCAGCUGGCAUUUGUCAACCACCUAACCAUCACAAGGCUGGGCAGACCGAGGACAAGGGAGAGCAUGUUGCUGCCAGUUAGGCUAUGUGAGCUGGAAAUGAGUGGUUAUUUAGUCAUCAAUUAAGGACUGUUGAUAGAAAAAGUAAUGUCUCGUCUGGUAUCAGUAAAACACUAAGACUUAAAAAAAAAAUCUAUCUGCCAUAGCCCUAUUGGUAUCACACAUGGCACAUUUACUGUAAAGAAUGGCAGUCAUGUAAUAUGUGUUUUAUAUGUAUUCAUGAUGAGCACAGUGCUGUUCAUGUAUCUCAGGGGUGAGAUGUGUCGCUCAUCAAUAAAUGCUUUGCACAUUG